CUCACAGAUCGACUUCUAGGUCCCUCAGAGCUGCAGACAAGAUGAGAAGAAGAUGAUGCAAAUGUCGCUGAAGGAGUUGGCGCUGGUGUUACUCAGUGCAGUUUGUGUUGCAACCGCGAUGCCGUGUACCGCUGUUUUAAACGAAACACAGACAAGAGUGGUUGUUCCUGCGGGUUCCGAUCUGAUUUUGUGCUACCGACUGGAGAGUGGGCCUCCAAAAAGAGUCAGGCUCGCAUGGCAUUUUAAUUCAACUGAAUCGUCAUUUCAUGGCUCUGAGAAAAUCUAUGAAUCAUAUGUUUCUAAUAUGUCAAACAACAAGGACAACGACACAUUUCAGAGGCAACUUAUACGCAACAUUACAUACAAGAACAGUGGAUGGUACUUUUGCAGCAUUACAACGGACAUUCCCACACUGGAGAGUGAUUACUGCAAAGCAACACAAGUGUUUGUUCAAGGUGUUUCUGUGCCUUCCACAGUUGGGGCCUCGCGGGACACCUGGUGGCUUUGGGUCUUGGUUGGAGUGUUAGGACUCGUCGUACUUGUUCUGGUAGUCCUGUGUGUGCUUCUCACCUGGCAACGUAAACACAGAGAACGGAGCUCUCCAAUAUACAUGAACACACAUCCUCGCCCACGCCAACCCACAACCGCUCAGCUGAAGGUGCCUCAAAGCUCCAAGAAUCUGCGCACCCCGAGUCCUGCUAGGGGCAGCAACAGCAAACAAAGCCCCAAAUAGGAGCAAAGAUCCUACAAAUGAUCAAAUAUUAGUAUUAAGAUGGCUGUGUGCUGGGAUACAAUAUAUGAUAUAUUUAAUACAGAGUAGUGAUUGAUUCUAUUGUGAAAUCAAGCAAUGUAUAAAUACACUUCAUCAUGUAAUCCUUUCCAUCUUUUGGAGUAUUAUUAUUCUCUAUCAGAGCAGCCAAUAAAAAGUGCCAUUUGCUAAGUCUGCAA